UAGAGGUCAUACUGAAACUGCUAAUGAUCCCGCAAUAUAAAUAGAUCUUAAGCGUUAAAAUUUUCAUUCCCGUUUGGUUUGUCCACAGACACUGCCAAUAUGCGGUCUCUUUUUAUUCUGCUACUUUUUGUUGGACUUGCCUUGAGUAAUCUCCAUAACAACGACAAGCAUGCUUGGAAAGUUGGUGAGGAAUACCAAUAUCUGGUACGUAGCCGUACCCUUACUGGACUGAAGACAUUAUCUGAUCAAUAUGCUGGUAUUCUAAUGAAAGCGAUCCUAAAGAUUCAAUGUAAUUCACCUGACACCCUUAGAGCACAAUUAUUGAAACCACAGUAUGCUCAAAUACACAAGAAACUACCGGAUGGUUGGGAUUCUCAUAUAUCUGAUCAGAUGUUAGAACAUAAACAUCUACCUCUUUCCGGCGAACCCUUUGUGAUCAAAUUCAAACAUGGAGUUAUAAGAGACUUGAUCGUCAACAAAAAUGUACCAACUUGGGAAGUAAAUAUCAUCAAAAGUAUCAUCAGUCAGUUCCAAGCUGAUACGCAAGGAGAAAACUUGAAGGGAAGUAAGAAUACUCAAAUACCGGAAGAUGAUAAUCCCUUUGCAUCGUUCCGUGUCAUGGAGGACUCCGUAAGUGGAAAAUGUGAGGUUCUUUACGACAUUGUACCAUUAACAGAAGCCAUCAUUCAACAUCAUCCACACGUAUUGCCAAAACCAGAAUUACGUAAAAACGGAGAACAUAUGUACGUAACGAAAACAAGAAACUACGACAAAUGCGAACAACGUAUGGAUUAUCAUUUUGGAAUAAGUGGAAAUACAAAAUGGGAAUCCGAUAUUAGAAACAAUGAAAACAUCAUGAAGAAAUCAUCAACAAGUAACAUGGUUAUAUCUGGUAAACUCAAGGACUUUGUGAUACAAACAUCAGUGACAACAACUAAAAUAAUCAUGAAGCCCAGACUUGUAGAUGAGCAAGAGAGCAUCGUAAUAAGUAAAAUGAAUGUGACUCUCGUUAGCAUCAAUAAAGCUUUGAAUCCGAUACCAGCACCGAAUAAUCCUGAAUCGGUUGGAAAUCUAGUUUACACUUACAACGAUCCUUUCUCAAAAACAGUACAUAGACGACCUGGACGGCCUAGCGUAAGUCCUAAUUCAAUGUCAAAUGAACUAAAUUCUGCUUCUGAAUCUAACGAAAACUUAGAAAUGAUGAGAGAGAAAUACGGCAAAAACGAUAGGAUGAAUUAUGUUAGCGACGAGGAUAAAACAUUCUGGCAGGUGAAACCAACGUUAGACGAAGCACCUAAAAAUCCUAUGCUACCAUUAUUCAUAGCUAACAAUGGUAAAGCGGUCGUUAUGUCUGAUAAGGUUAACUCAGAAAAAAUGGUAACGACGCUUGUUCAAAAAAUCGCAAAUGAAAUGGAAAAUCCAAACAUUAUGCCUGAUGAAGAGACCCUAGAAAAAUUCACAAUUGUCUCAAGAUUGAUAAGUAGUAUGAGUCUAGAACAGAUAAAUAAGGCCGAAGAAAACUUGCGUUCUGUUUGGAAUGAAGUUGGUUCCGACGAAACGAAUAAAAUGAUAAAGGAGAACGCUAAAGUUGUAUUUCGUGAUGCCGUUGCUAAUGCUGGAACUGGACCUGCUCUAAUGACUAUUAAACGUUGGAUUGAAAAGAAGCAGUUGGAAGAAUGCGAAGCUGGUGAUGUUCUGGCAACCAUACCUAAGACUGCACGAACACCUACAGCCGAAUACGUGGAUGCUUUCUUUUCAUUGGCAAGUGAUCCAGAGGUACAGAAACAAACGUGUCUGAAUUCGUCGGCUAUUUUAUCUUUCGCUGAACUAGUGCAUCACGCUCAAGUUUCUAACAACAGCAUUUAUAAUCAUUAUCCAGUUAACGUAUUCGGACGUUUAUCCUCUAGAAAAAAUGACGCAGUUUUAAGAAAGUACAUUCCAUUCCUUGCAGAACAAUUAAAGAAAGCUAUCAAGGAUGAAGAUAGUCCAAGGAUCCAAGUGUAUAUUAUCGCUUUAGGUUUAACAGCACAUCCAAAGAUAUUGAGCGUUUUGGAACCCUAUCUUGAAGGCAAGGAACGAGUAUCAACUUAUCAACGUUUUCUGAUGGUUAUGUCUUUGAAAAAAUUAGCUGAGAUUGAACCUACCCUGACUCGUUCUGUCUUAUACAAAAUCUACAUCAAUACUUGGGAUGUUCAUCAAAUUCGUUGCGCUGCUGUCAACUUAAUAAUGAAAACUAAUCCACCAUUAUAUAUGCUCACGCGUAUAGCACAAUUCACUAAUUUCGACUACAAUGGACAGGUCAAUUCUGUUGUUAAGUCAGCGAUUAAAAGUGCAACUAAAUUGAACUUUCCCGAAUGGAAAGAACUAUCAAGAAAUGCUCGCAAAGUGCUUCAUCUAUUGAAUACAGAAUCCGAUAAGUAUUAUUACUCAAAGACUUACUUUACAGAAAUGGAAUCAAAUGAUCAGCUGUCUUACAGAAUGAUGUUAAAUUAUAUCGGAAGUGAUGGCAUAAUUCCAUUGUCCACAUACGUUGCCUUGCAACCCUCUUAUAAUGGCUUCCUUAGUCCUAUUUCUGAAUUAGAUAUGAGUAUAUCGAGCAUAAACAGUCUAUUAGAAAUGAAUUGGCAUAAACACGGAAAAGCAAAAACCGAAGAGUCGAUCGCAGAGAAAACUGCAAAAAUGCUUAACAUUGAAUCAGACGAUGUUGAACAAGUUGAAGGAAAUGUCUUCUUUACGACGCCAUACAUCAAUCGAUACUUUUCUUUUGAUAAUCAUACCAUCGAAAGGAUUUUACGUGAUCUACAGUCUCCAAAAGAUAAUCGUCAUGUUAACAUGAACAAAUUGUUGAGUUACGACAUUACCUUGAGUUUUCCUACUGAAACUGGUUUACCUUUUGUUUAUUCCUUACACGUACCUAUAAUCAGAAAAUUAAGUUUUAUAAGUAAACCAGAUAUGAAUUCUAAAUUCGAUAUUCGUUUACUUAUGGCUAAUAAACAUCAAGGAAGAGUUGGUUUCAUAACACCAUUCGACCACCAAUCAUUCGUAUCGGGCAUCGAUGUCAACAUGCAAGUUUUCCUACCAUGCAAACUAGAUUUCCAUUUGACUAAUGAAAAAUCCAGGCUCGACGUAGCACUACAACCAUUCAAACAAAAUAGCAGAACCAGGGUGGGACACUUUAGUGUGGUACCUUAUACCUCGCAAUAUGAAGUCAUGUCAUUCCACCCGUUGCUAUUGGAGAAAAAUACUCAUAAAAUCCAAGAGAACGAAAUAACACAUAUUAAGAUGCCACAAGAUUCUAACAGCGUUUUCUCUGUAGAAAUUGAAACUGAAAACCUUGUUAACAAAUUCCAGAAAUGGAUAAGAAAUGAAAAUAAAUGGAGCAACAUGAUGACUGCUUCAACAUUGGCCUUAGGUACAUACGAAAAAUUCGACCUUUAUGUCAAGCCUAAUCUACAAGAAAACGAAGCUGUUAAAUUCACUGCCACGUUGGAUACUAAAGAAAUUAGAUCCAACAAUAUUGAUACUACUGAUGAAUCCUGGAAAUCCGGUAAUGAAGUACUCAAAACAAUGCAUCAGGCACUUGAUAGCCCGGCCAGAAGGAAAGAAUUUUUACAAGAAAUUUCUAAAGGAAUAAAUUCUGGAAAGGCUUACGUCAUUGAUGCAGGUCUGGAAAUACCUGGAGUAUGGAAUAAUAAACACGCAUGUACGUUAUGUUUAGCCAGUAGUAAUGAUGAAAAUAAAUUCCGAAGUCUUUUCUACUGGUACACGAACAUACCUAGUCAAAAUAUAACUCAUCAAGUGUGCGUUAACGGUCAGAUAAGAAGUUCACCAACAACACCUUUCGAUUAUAAAAAAAUACUUGACAGCCAUCCAAUGAAAGAAUUCAGCGUUAAUAUUAAAUUUGGAAGAACGUGCUCUGACGACUCGCUUGUCACCAUGAAAGGACAGAUCAAGCAAAGUGAGGAUUAUAAAAUGUACAUCCAAGAAUCGGCAAUAGUAAAGAGAUGUGAUGAAAAUAUGAGAAAUAGCGUCAAGGAUUGCCAGAAAGCUGCAGAAAUGGCUACAAAUCUAAACGAAAUGGAUAUGAAAAUUAUUAAACAUGAUUCUAAAAGAGAAUCUGAUACUGAAUUAAAACAAACAUUCCAUAGAAUGACGAAAAUGUUGACAGAUUUAGACGUACAAGUUAUAUCUGAACUACGGGAACAUCAGGACAACACCAACGACAAAGACAACGAUGUGAAUAUUCACAUAAAAUUAUCACCUGACAUGACAAGCGCAGAAGCUAUAAUAUCUAAAUCUGGACACGUUUUGACCCUCUCCGAUAUUGAUAUUUCUGACAAGGAUAUUGAUGAUGAAGAUGUAAACGAAAUUGAAAAAGACAUCUUACCUACUGCCUCAUGUACUAUUAGAAACAACGAAAUAAUGACUUUCGAUGAUAAAAUUUAUCCUCUGAAACUUGGUAAAUGCGCACAUGUAUUAUUUACCACCUUCCCAAGAAAUGAUCCAAGUGAACAUAAUAGGAAAAUGAACAUUCGUGAAAAUAUGGAAGUGUUCGUUACUGUCGAAGAAACGGAACGUAACAAAAAAGAACUUCAGAUGUUAUUGGGUAAUAACGAAAUUUUGUUUAAAUCAUCUGACACAGAAGUUUCAGCUUGGAUUAAUGGACAAAGAGUGAAAUGCUCACAGAAAGAAAGUUACCGACACAUCAAAAAUGAUGAAACUCACUACGAAAUAUUUGAACUUCCCGGAUCUGCCAUUAAAUUGAUAUCAGAUAAAUAUGAUAUUGAAUUGGUCUACGAUAAAGACCAUGUACAAAUGACGGUCCCUCAUAAAUAUCAACAAUCCAUACGUGGUCUCUGUGGUGACUUUGAUGGCCAAUCUGAAAAUGAUUUCGUCACUCCAAAGAACUGCUUACUGCAAAACCCAGAAGAAUUUGCAGCUACUUAUAUAUUGAAGGAACGAUGCGAAGGACCCGCUUUGAAAAAUGCGAAAAAGGCAGAAAGCUCUAACUGCAUAGAAAAAGUAAUACGCUUCAGUGAUGUGGUAAGCGACAGAGAAGCUGGACGACCAUAUGUAAAUUGGAAGCAAUGGGGUUAUCACAAGAAAGAAAAUAAGAAGCAAUGCAAUACCUAUCAUACUCGAGUUGUCACAAGAGAUGAUAAGAUCUGUUUCACCACAAGGCCUGUACCAACAUGUUCUAGCGGAUGUAAAUCUGUUAUAUCAAAGGAAAAGAAUUAUCAACUCUAUUGUUUACCAAAGAACGAAGCAAGUUUAGGAAUGAAAAGGAGAAUUGAACAGGGAGCUAAUCCUGAUUUAAGUCAACGUACUCCUUCUGAUAAUGAAACUAUUAAUGUUCCCAUCGAAUGUGUACCUGCUUGAUCAAGAAAUAUCCAAUGAAAUAUAUUU